UUGAGUUGAGAUUUGAUGACCCAAUAAGGAAAAACUGAUGAUUUUCAUAUUUCCAUGAAGAAAAGAAGAAGAAAGAUACAGUAACUUUUAAUCAUGGUUUUCUCUAAAGAUAAUAUGACAGGUAUUAUUUUGGCUCUGCUUUCAAGUGUGUUCAUAGGGACAAGUUUUAUUAUUAAGAAGAAAGGCCUUAGAAGAGCUGCUGUAGUCUCUGGUGUUAGAGCUGGUGUUGGUGGGUAUUCAUAUCUUUUGGAGCCCCUCUGGUGGAUUGGAAUGAUCACAAUGAUAGUCGGAGAGAUUGCAAAUUUUGUGGCAUAUGCUUUUGCUCCGGCGGUUCUUGUCACCCCUCUGGGUGCAUUGAGUAUAAUUGUCAGUGCUGUAUUGGCUCAGAUUAUUUUGAAGGAAAAGUUGCAUCCACUUGGAGUUUUGGGAUGUGUGCUGUGCAUUAUUGGUUCUGUUGUUAUAGUUGUCCAUGCACCACAGGAGCAUCCUAUCUCUUCUGUCAAAGAAAUUUGGUAUAUGGCAACUCAGAAAGCAUUUUUGCUCUACAUGGGAUCGGUCAUUGUCUUGGUUUUCAUUCUUGUCUUCUACUUUGCUCCUCAAUGUGGACACUCAAAUGUUCUUGUUUUCACUGGAAUCUGCUCAUUGAUGGGUUCUCUCUCGGUUAUGAGUGUUAAAGCCCUUGGUACUUCACUGAAGUUAACUGUUGAGGGAAAGAACCAGCUGAUCUAUCCGGAAACCUGGGCUUUUAUGUUUAUUGUGGCAGUUUGUGUCGUUACACAAAUGAACUAUCUCAAUAAGGCCCUUGAUACCUUCAAUACUGCUGUUGUCUCUCCUAUAUACUAUGUUAUGUUCACAACACUAACAAUCGUUGCCAGUGUCAUCAUGUUUAAGGACUGGGAUGGCCAGAACAUUGGGAGCAUUACAUCAGAAAUAUGCGGUUUCAUCGUUGUGCUCUCUGGAACCAUCUUGUUGCAUGUUACCAAAGAUGUGGAAAGAAGUUCAUCUUUCAGAGGUAAUUACACACCUACAUCCCCUUCGUUAUCAACACGACUAUGUAAUUCAAACGGGGAAUCACAUAAGCAUGAAGAAGAAGAUGAGUCGUAUUCUGAGGAAGCCGAUUCUAGAAGACAGGAUCUCCAGGUUUAACAUGAUUGCUUUAGAGAAGACCAAGACUCUUUUCUUAUUAUGUUCCACAAGGAACCAUGAUUCGCGGUUAGAAAUGUGAAGCAGACAACCAAUAAUCCAUCUGAAACCUUCAAAGCUGCUGCAAGCCUGCAACGCCUCAGUUUCGUUUUCUAUUGCAUCAGAUUUUUAACAGCAAGGUAAGGACUCUACAGGAUGUUAAAGAAAGAGUUGGUGGGAGAUCAUCAAAAGUUGUCGCGGACUGAAGCUAUACUGUUUGUUUAUAGUUAUAGGAGUUCCAAUUAUUGGUUUAUUGUACAUCAUUAUGAUCUAUAGAAGCAAAGUUGAAUGAUGAGAGCUUAAAUAGGAGCUCUCUGUGAUUAGAAGUGAUAUAAUUCAUUUUAGUUUUCUUCUUUUCUCUGUCCCUGUUGUAUAGCAAUAUUUGAUGUAUUGGGUAGAAUCUUUGUUUAUGUUUCAUUCUUUAGUGAACGUGAGACCACAAAGAUGUUUGAUUGAUUU